UCUGCGGGGCUUCCGCGUGGUGAAGGGCGAGCCCUUGUUUCCUGUGGAAGCCGGUUCCGGCACUUAGAGGCUUUCUGGCGCGCCCUGGGCCCAGGAGGCCUUAAGGUUUUCUCUUUUGCAAGAUGGAGAUGAGCUAUACUCAUACCUUCAGCUUAUUGUGUGGCUUAAAAUGACAUGACGGUGAAUGGUACAGAACUGCUCAAUUAAUACAUAUUUCCUUCCAUGGAUUUAAGCUGUAAAGAUGUCUGACAAAACCCAGAUAGCUGCUAGAGCUUCCCUUAUUGAACAACUGAUGUCUCAAAGGAAUUUUGAGGAUCUUGGCAACCACCUUACUGAGCUAGAAAUGUUUUAUGUGACUAAGGCACAUCUCCAAGAGACAGAUGUGGUCAGAGCUGUGUAUCGAGUCCUCAAAAACUGCCCCUCAGUGGCUUUGAAAAAGAAAGCCAAGUGUUUGCUGUCAAAGUGGAAAGCUCUUUAUAAGAAUAUAUACGUUAAACCAAGGGAAAGCCCUAAAUCAGUACUUUCGGAUGGUAAUAAAGAAGAACAUGCAGGACUUUCUCAAGACCUGAACCAUAAAAUCUUAAGUCUCUGUAGUUCUAACUCUCUGCUAUCAUCUCAAGCCGUUGUAAACUCCACUGCAAUAAUUGUGCCUGAAAAUAGUGCUGCUCAAAUGGAAACUAAAGAAGAACAUUUCAGAACUGGUGGCUCUAAAUCCAUUGGGCAGAAAUCAAAUGGGUUGCAGGAUCCAACAAUGUCCAUGAGAACUAAAUGUGUAGAGCUCCUUUACACAGCUUUAACUAGUUCUUCCACAGAUCAUCCCAAAGAUGAUUUGUGGCAAAAAUUUGCAAGAGAAAUUGAAGAGCAUAUUUUUGUCCUCUAUUCAAAGAACAUCAAAAAAUACAAAACCUGUGUCAGAAGCAAAGUUGCCAACUUGAAGAACCCCAAAAAUGUUCACUUACAACAAAAUUUGCUGUCUGGUACCAUGUCUGCAAAACAAUUUGCUGAAAUGACUGUCAUGGAGAUGGCAAACCAGGAACUAAAACAGCUCAGGGCUUCCUACACGGAAUCCUGUAUUCAGGAUCAUUACCUUCCCCAAGCGAUUGAUGGCACACAGACAAAUAAAAUAAAAUGCAGACGCUGUGAGAAUUACAACUGCAAGGUCACCGUCAUUGCCAGAGGAACCCUUUUCCUUCCGAGCUGGGUGCGAAAUUCGAACCCAGAUGAAGAGAUGAUGACUUAUGCUAUUUGUAAUGAAUGUGGGGAGCAGUGGUACCAUAGCAAGUGGGUGUGUUUGUGAUCAUAUAUGAAUAUUUCCUUAACAGAUACCCCCAGGCACGCACACACACAUAUGUGUGUGUGUGUGUGUGUGUGUGUGUGUGUGCGUGUGUGUAUAAGACCCUUUGUACUUGUUUCUUAAAAUCUUAUACAUGCUAUUCUUCAAAUAAUCUUAAGAUUGUUUGCCACAGUAGAUACCAUCAGCACUAAAAGUUAUCAUUUGGGGAGCGAGGGAGAAGGGAAAGGAAAGAGGAGAGGAAGGAGAAUGAUAACUAUUCCAUGUGCUUUGUGACCAUUUGUUACCCUACUGUACUCAGAUUGGGAUUGAGAGUAGCUCAGUAUUCUAGAAGCAGGUUGGAAAUCCAGGCUCUCAGGCCUGAGCUGCUUUAGUCUUAAUGUGCACUUUGAAUAUCAUUACUAUAGCAACGGGCUUGUGGUUCUCAGGAAUGGCUGCAUAUUAAAAUCUUCUGAGGAGCUUUGAAACUCACUAGUACCAAGGUGCCAAGGGUCUCUGGCCUAGAACAUUUCAGUCUGAACCUAUGGAAUAGGUCCCAGGCAAACAUGUUGCUUUUGUCAUUACUCAGGCUACUUUUAAGAUGCACUCAGAGUUGAGAACUACUCCUAAAUAGGCUAUCAUUUGGUUCUUUCUAUAUAUGUAAGAAAUUAGUGUUCUUUGGAAACUUUACAGGUGAAGAAACAGGUCUACAGAAUUGCAGUGACUUGACUAAGCUACACAACCACAAAUAACCCAAUUCACACCAAUGUCAGAUUUUCCUCAUCUAAAUUCAUGAGACUGGCUCAAUAUUGACAUCUGGAAAAUAUACUCUUGGAAUUGUGGAACUUAAGUGAAUAAUGUCUUUAGGGCAUAACCUUAGAAGACUAGAACAUCAGUCUUUUGUG